CUCACAGAAGUUUCAUGUAUGGUUUUAUCUGUUUACAUGUCGUCAGUUAACUGCUGUAAUAAUCGUUGGAUGAUAGCACAAGCAUUUGUAAACAAAGUAGCAAAUAAAGUUUUCGUUUACUGUGUUUGAGGCCUACGUGCUGCUCCUGGUACUGGAGGCUACAAGUCGUUUAAUUUGUGCUGAAGAAUGAGUAAUACGGGUAACUCGCAAGACGUGACAGAAAAUGAUGGAGAUAAAACACUUACUGGAUCAGAGAGUGUGCUUUCAACUGGAGAUCCAGAAGAGAAUGUGACAGCAGUUGAAGGUGAAGAAGACAAAUAUGGAGAAAUACUUAUUAUUGAUCCAGAGACAGAGGAACUGGAUUUGAAUCAUCAGAGAAUAAGAAAACUUGAGAACUUGGAGCCCCUUACUAAGAUAGAACGACUGUAUUUUCGAUGGAACCUAAUUAAAAAAAUUGAAAAUUUACAUACCUUAGUUACAUUGAAAGAGCUUGAGCUGUAUGAUAACCAGAUCACAGUCAUUGAAAAUUUGGAUACACUUGUCAAUCUGGAGAUUUUGGACUUGUCCUUUAAUAGGAUACGUGAAAUAGGAGGCUUACAAAACUUGCAGAAGCUUGAAAAAUUGUUUCUCAGUUCUAAUAAAAUUGCAAAAAUUGAAAAUGUUAACUGCUUAAAGAAAUUAGUUCUUCUCGAACUUGGAGAUAAUAAAUUGCGGAAAAUAGAGAACCUUGAGGGGUUAGAUACCUUACGACAUUUGUACCUUGGGAAGAACAAAAUUACAAAAAUUGAGAACCUGGAGUCACUAAAGCAACUAGAGAUCCUUAGCCUACAGAGUAAUCGUAUUACUAAAAUUGAGAAUUUGGAAGAACUUACAGCUUUGGAUCAGUUGUAUUUGUCAGAGAAUGGUAUCUCUGUGAUGGAGGGUCUUGAGCAUAACAAGCAACUUUCAACCUUAGAUGUAGGAAGUAACAAAAUACAACGCAUCAGCAAUACAGAGCACUUGGAAAGGCUCGAAGAGUUUUGGAUGAAUGACAAUCUAGUUGAUGAUUGGUCUAACGUUGAAGUGUUGACACGCAACAGACGAUUGGUCACCGUUUAUUUAGAACGCAAUCCUGUGUCGAAAGACGUCAACUACAGGAGAAAACUUAAAUUAAUGCUUCCCUGGAUUUCACAGAUUGAUGCCACACUAUGUGUGUCGCCCACACAUGGGGGAAUGUUUUUGGCUGGUGAUCACACACUUGGCUUCAGGUGUUCAUAAGUUAUCUCCUCAUAAGACUGGAACAGUGGACGGGCUGAAGACAGACUGUACAACAGUGUGGUUUGCACAGUUUUAGAAAUUGUAAUUUCAGCAAUUAGCAUUACUUUGUUAAAUUAUUUUCAUAGUGAUGCACGACAUUUAAUGUAGUAUGCAAACAAAAUCACAAUGAGAACCACCUUCAUGAAACAGUAAUGCUGUUGAAAUGUAACUAGAACUUGUAACCACACUGAAGAGGGUACUUUUCUCAUCCUGUAAUGACCUUUGUCACAAUGGAUUUCUCUGGUUGGUUUCCCUCACAUUAUAUCAUGUCCAGAUCAAUGAAAUUCAUGUUGUAAAGAAAUAAAGACAGUGUUAUGGUAAGAAGAACUGGUUACUGUUACUGCCAUUUGUAUUAAGAUUUUAAAAUUCAGAUUUCUAUAAACUGCCUUUGAUCAUAGAGAGAAGUUUGCUGGGUUACGGAGAAGUGUGCUGGGCUGUGAGACUGUGUACGCUCUUUACAUGACUCAUAGGCAGGGCACCCUAAUUACUUGUGGUUGUUGUGACAUAAUGUGCCAUAUUUAUCAAUUCUAAACAAUGCUGCUACGGAAAGGACAGAUGUUAAAGAGCUAAAAGAGUUUAUGCUUGCAUUAGAAUAGAACCACAGAUAAUGUAUAAUAUUUUCAAAAUCUCCUUUCAUAUACCGCAUAUUUCAGAAGAAAGUGCUUCCAAAUAUAAUGGCCAAACAGAAAGUAAAUGGUGAGGGUAUUGUAAUUGGAUUCUUGUUCAUAAGCUGCUCCAUAAUAUUUUCAUUUGAGAUAUUAUUAAAACAAAUAACAGCUUUAGAGAAGAGUAAAAAUGAAUUAAUGUUUGUCUAAAUAAGUGAUAUUGUCACUUUCAGAUUAAUGGGAAUGGUCAGGUCAUCAGCUUGCAGCUUUAAAAUAUUAAUAUGCCGAUGAUAAUAUUCAGGUGAAUUUUCCUUUACUCUCUCUCUAAUGUUUAUUAGAAGAAUAACGUGAUUCCAUAGGCAGUAACAUGGAAGAGUAUGUUGUGCCAAAAAUAUGUUUGAGACUGCUUUUGAGUCAACUAUAAAACAAAUUAUUUCAUGAAUCCUAUCAUGAUAACAUUUGGACAGAUAUUCUUCUUGUUUGUUCGACAUUGCAGUUGGAUAUUUAUUGACAGCUGUGGCAAUUUGUAAACAAUGUCAGUGUUCUAAAAGAAAACUUUAUUCUAGCCUUCAUUGUCUGCAAAUGACCCUGAGUGAGGAUACACUGAAGCUAUUUGUAAAGCACUGUUAUAAAACAGUUACUGUUGAAAUUUUGGCUCACAGCUUAUUAUGUUUUAACAUGUUACGAGAACACUGUACCCGAUAUUUGCAUUCAUUCUGACAUAGACAGUCAGAACAGUGGAUAGGGUCUUUAUCCUCUACAGAAAGUUGUAAGCAUACAUUGAUUUCCUUGAAAAUAGUUGAUACUACCUGCAGAGUCAUAUUUGGGACCAGAUUCAUAAACAUGUAUAUGUGAAACAAAUUGCACUAACUGUUUAGAUUACCUGAAAACCAUUAGUGGGAAGUAUAAAAUCUCUCUCUCUCUCUCUCUCUCUCUCUCUCUCUCUCUCUCUCUCUCUCUCUCUCUCUCACACACACACACACACACACACACAGAGAGAGAGAGAGAGAGAGAGAGAGAGAGAGAGAGAGAGAGAGAGAGAGUGGGGGGGGGGGGGGUCAAGAAAUUGGCUGCAUGUGACUUCUCAGUUUACCAAGAUCACAGUUAUAACGUGAUUAAGAAAUUGCCAAAUGCCACAUUUGGAAAUGAUAAUCUGAUUUUUGUAAGAAAACAAAAGUAUUCUAAUCAGUUUUUCGGUCAGUAUUUUUAUUGCCUCUGGAAUAUUAUUGCCAGGACUUGAGAAAUGUAAUCAGGGGGCUUCUACGAAUAAAUGCUGUAACGGGUGACUAGUAUGAGUAAAUGACAAAAAUUAUACAUUUUGAAUAACAGUGCACAUUAUUUGAUAAAUGAGGCUAUUCACAUUUCAAAUGUAAAUUUAUAUUGCUUUUAUGUUUUAUGCACUUUGUUUGCAUCAUUGAAUAUUAGUGUCUUCUGCUCUCAUGGCUUUUCUCAUAAAUGUUGCCAAUAGUAGUCAACAUAUUCUGGUGGGUACUGUCAUAAAAUAUGUUAAUGCUUCAAAAAAUGCUUACAGCUACAAGUCAGUCUCAGCUAUCCAAUUGGUCUCUGAUUUUCUUGCAGACAUUAAGUGAAUUACAUGAUAUCAAUCAAGUCAUUUAGUAAUUUUUAAUUUUCAUUUAUGUAACACCAUAUUUGAGCCCCAUUACUGUAAGAGGAAGUUAAUUUCUCCUCCACUGUGUCAGUGUAUGUUUCAAGAAAUGCAAACAAAGUGUAAUAGUACAAAAGACAACAGCUUUGAAUAGUGAAACUAUUGGAGAUCUUAUUGCAACUCUUCUGAUUUAGAUCACAAUUUUUGCUGAAUGGUCAAUGCUGUAUGUACCAAAAGUUGUAGCACAAGUUUUUAUUGGCAAGCAAAUUGUUCUGUAUCCAAAAUAAUUUAUGGUACAAACUUUAUCACAUAUGAUAGCACAACAUCCGUACUAUAAUUUAUACUGAUUAAUUUUCAAGUUUUGUGAGCUCUUCUGAGUAAUAUGCAUUUAGUCAGAACUUUUCUAAGUGGAAUUUCUAAUUUGUAUGAAUUUUAAUAAAGCAGUGACAUAGGAGGGGUUAGGAGGUAGAUAACAUCAGUUUUCUAACUGUAUAGAAAUGUGAAUUUAAAUCUGCACAAAGCCAGUUCAUUGUUUGAAAGUGAAUUAUGUAGUCUGAUGCUUUUUGGCAGCUCCACAAGUCGUAAGAGUAGUCAUGGGAAUAAAAAUAAAAAAAAUGGCCCAUUGAUGGAGGUCAUGUCUCCAAUCAACCUAUGAAGUAAUUGUGCAUCUCACAAAGUGGAUUAUUCUCAUAGCUUGUGUGCAAUUUUUAGAUUACUUGGCUGUAUCAAAAUUGUCAUUGUGAACAUCUAUGGACGAUGUAGUUAACUGUCAUACACUCAGGCAAUGACAUUUCCAACUGUUCAUCUUAUUUCAGUUAGAUUUUAGUUUAAGAAAUAUUUGUAGGUGAUUGUGUAGCUUGUUUUUAAAGUUACUGAAGUCUCUCCUUUUAAUUGUAAAAUCUAGUCACAUGUUACCACUGUUGUCUUUGUAUUCUUAAAUUUUAGUCACUGGAAUAACAAAUGUGGUGAUAAUGAGUUUAACAUAUCAAAAGCAUAGUUAGUUUAUAUUUCAGGUAAAGCUAGAUGAAACUGAACAGAGAAUGAUGAACAAAGUACUGUGUAAGUAGAUCAUAAUACUUGAUAUGAAUUAUGAUGUAUGGCAACACAACAAUUUCAAUGUUUUCUGUGGUACAUAGGUGGAAAGGAUUGUGGUAACUGACGUAAUUUGAGAGUUUACUUAUUCCUCCUAAGCAGAUAAUUACAGUUGAUAUACUUUUUUUUUUGUUUUUGAGUAUUGUAAAUUUCUGUUAUUUGUGCAAGGCUACCAUACUCCUAAUUAUCUGCCUUUAUUUAUCAGUUUUUGCUUUGCCAUGUAUUCAGUAAUUCAUUUACAUCCAUGUUCUAGUACUCACAUGUUCACAUAUUUCUCAUGGAAUUCAUAUAGGGUUCCAGUCAUGUAUGUCCCUAUCAUAGGACUCGGAUAUUGAGGCAUUUUUUGUGGACAUCAUAUAUAUUAUUCAUUUACCAACUGAUACGUUUAUAGCUGACCCAGAAAAAAACUACUACUUGUUGGCCAUUAUUUGUUGUGUUCUUGCAGAGAAGUCUAUGUUUCAUUGAGUAAUAUGUUGGUAGCUCCAAUGCUGCAAGUAAUGGUUUAGACGUUUUUAAGGUUUGUUAAGCAAUAUUAUUUGAAUAUUGUUACUGAUUUAUUUUACUCAUGUAAAUUUUAAGUAAUAUGUGGGCCCUUCCUCUGUUAUAUCAGCAAAUGAGCAAAAGAGAAUAUCAUUAAGUACUAGACAAAUGUAGGAGAAACAAGAGAUCAGGUCAGUUCUUCAUUAGAGAUGAUAAUCAAAUGAAAUGUUGAUUUCAUUUCACAACAGAGAUAUCUGGACAAUAGUUUUUUUACUUUGACACAUAAUGUCUUUUGUCAUGACAGCUGUGGAGCAUUUAUAACAGUUAUGUUUUUAACAUAUCUUAUCCGCUUGUUCUCUUUACAAUGUCCAGUUUAAAUGUUAUAGAAUGCAAAUAAUUUACUACAAUUAUCUGACAUUAUGAAAUAGCCAAGAAAAGUGGAAAGAAAAACCAUUUAUAGCACCCAUCACAAUAGUUUUUAACAUGUAAUACAAUUGUUGUCACAGCUCAGUUCAUUAUUGUUCAAUAACUGUAUUUUGUUACUCUAAAGUUGCACUGAAUGUUACAUUUAUUUGUGAAUGACUGUAUUUAAAAUUUGUGUCUCAGUUUGCAUCAAAUAUAGUAAUUAUGUUUUCAA